AUGGCUCCCAAUAGCGAGAACGCCAUGGCCCGGUUUCUUCUGGCCAUCUUGAAUCAGAAGAACCUCAAAGACAUCGACUGGAACCAAGUCGCCCAAGAUCCUGUUCUCAUCGAACCCAUCACAAAUGGACAUGCUGCGAGGAUGCGCUUUGCUCGUUUCAAGACCACCGUCCUUGGCACUCAACCACAGAAGAGAACUCGUCCUGCCGACCCCACAGACAAGUCUCGUGUGACCAAGGCAAGGAAGACACAACAACCCAAGAAGAACAGCAUCGGCAAUUCUGAGUCAGGUUCGAGCGUCUCAUCGUAUGCUCAGGUUCGCCAGAGCCCUAUCAUCAAGCAAGAACACAACCAACAUGCAUACAUGGCACAGUUCUCUCCCGCAUCUACGUCCUCCCCUUUUCUCAACGACAACUUGGACGACUUUGGUUGCAGUUCUCGAUUCCUCACCCCUUGCAGUGAUGACAUGCAACAAGGCCUCUCCAUAAACCCUGCUUCACUCGAAGACACCAGACAGCGGAAUGGAUUUGGUCCUUCGAUGGAUUGUCCCCCUGACUUCAUGGCCCAACCAGCGAUGCAUGACUUCAUGACCAUUGGGCAGUCCCAUUUUCAUACGUUUGACGCCACCUGCAAUGAGACAUCUUACAACUCGGCUCUCGGCGAUGCACAGAGCCCAGCUGCCCUUGAUCUCAAUGGCGCUCCUCCCAUGCCAGAUUGCGGCUCUGAAUGGCCUGACCAUUUCAACGACACUUCUUUUUAA